AUGCCAUUGUUGGAAGGACCAACUAAUCCGACAGGUGAACAUUACGAAGCGUUACAUACCGCUACGGAACCGUUGAUUUCCAGAACGACGGCUGUUAUGUACAGGUACAUACGUCUUUUAGUUCAAAAACCAUUUAAGACCAAAGGUUUUUGAAAAAAUGAAUCAAUGUUAUGUUAUUUUAGAGAUACGAUGAGCUACUUCCUCCCAGAUUACAAGUCUAUCAUGUCGUGCACCUUGGGGACUUCAAACAGCUGUUCCCUGUCUCAGAUCCCAAAUGACAGUAUCUUUGUAACACCAAAUGUCACAGCCAAUGCCUUGGACAAGUUCAUUCGUAUGUUACAAGAUGCUACUGAUUACAGUCGACGUCGCUCUGAAUUCUUGGUUUUCAGCGAUUUGAAAUGUAAAAGCCUGACUUCAUCCAAACCGUAUCCUGAUGUAUACGCAAUGUUCUACACAAAAUUGGAUAAGUUGAUCGAAGUACUGGAGAAGAACAAGCUUCAUACUUACAUAUUCUUCCAUAAUGUAAGUAAUGUAAACUGUAAAAGUGUUCAGUUUGCAACGAUGCAACAGUUUUUGGUAGUUUAAAAAAUUUUGUGUCAAAACUACAGAUUUUGUGGCACAAGAGAUAAAGAGCAAGUAUAAUAAUAUAAUACAAGUAUCACCUGUAACAAGAAUCAAUUUCAGCUUACCAAUGAAUCUGAAUUUUGUCGAAACCUAGCAAGAAUGAAGAACAAAAAUAAUCUGAUAUACAUCUCAGGGACCAGUUGGAACGAAACUUCCUUUGCUAAAGACGUAGCGUAUGUUUUAGAAAUAUCAUGGAAGGAUAAUUUAAAUUCUAACAUGCUCAACUUUAAUCAAUACAUUAAUAAACAUGCUUAACUUAUAUCAAAACACUUAAAGUUUCAGAGAGAAAUUCAUGGAGGUAUGGGAUGUACCAAACGAUUCUGGCAACGAAUAUCCUUCAGACCCUCGUAAGUACGACAAAUUCAUAUCAACUUCGUAGUUUUACCUUAUAUUACACGACGUAUUUUAUAAGUAUGAAGCUAUAAAACACAGUCAAAAGCAGUAUUUACAUCACUAAAAUUAGUUUAUAUUAAUAUUCUAGCUGCGUAUGGAGCCAUAAUUGGAGGAUCGGUGGGAGGAGCUGUGUUUCUUACGCUUAUUAUUGUAGGUAUCUACAUCUACCGAAGACGGACUCAAGAAAAGAAAAUCAGGUAAAUAACUGAUAAAGCGGAGAAAAAUUGAUCUCGAAAAACUAAAAAUUUCGGGUUUUUACAAGGUCUUGAAUUUUUUUUUAGUUUGACGAAAUGCCACGAUUUUGAAAUUAUUUCCCUCCGCCAAUCUUUAUUUGAUAAUUCGUUGUGAAACCUAAAAUUGGUAAAAAAAUUUAUAAAAAAACAAAAAAGUUGUUAUUUUUCAGUGAAUUUGCGGAACUUCACAAACAUUCAUCGACGAAGAACACGAUCAACAUCAAGUUGAACGACAAGUUCGAAGUAGAAAACGAAGACAUAACUUUCAACUAUGAUGUUGUCCUUGGGUCGGGGGUUUCUGGCAAAGUUUACAAAGGAAUUCUGACUCGAUUCGACAGCGACACAAAAGAAUUCUCAAAGCGAGAUGUCGCCAUUAAAAUGGCUCAUGUCGUGGCUAAACAGGCAGUGAAGUAAAGAUUAAUUUUACUUUUUAUUGGUUUAGAAGUUCAAAGAUGAUUGGCUAGCACAAGUUUUAAAAUUUUAUAUCAGUAUUGGGGGUUCAAGUAUAACAUUUACAUUAGGAUGAUUUUGAAAAACGAUUUUGAUUACAAAACUUUCAGAAACGACAUGUUGCGUGAGAUCAGCUUGAUGAAGAUGUUGUCGGCCCAUCAGAACAUUGUUCAACUCGUUGGUUGUAUAAGCGACACAGCCAAUCCGGUGAUUCUGACAGAAUUUUGUGAGCGAGGAGAUCUGCUACACAUUCUACGUGAACAUCAGAUGCAUUACAUGGUAAGACAAAAUUGUAAUGGUUAGAAAACUAAUUUUGAGAUUUAUAAUCAGCUUCUAUUUGUAACAAUUUAUACUUAUUUUAGGAUGACGUACCGUGCAAAAAGGUGCCACUUUGUUUGUUGCUUCACGACAUUUACCGUAUAGCUAAAAACGUAGCAGAUGCCAUGGUAAGCUUGUUCAUUUGCCUUUACAAAAGCAUACUGCCAAUCCUACAGUAUGAGUAAUACUAAGAAUAAGAUACGACUUAAGUAGAAUAUAUUUAAUUUCAGAAUUACAUAGCAAGUAAAAAGUUUGUACACAGAGAUUUGGCUGCCAGAAACGUAUUUUUGACUUUUGACUGUGUGGCAAAGGUUGGUGAUUUUGGGUUGUGUAGACAAUAUCAAGAAGCGUUAUACACUCAACAAGCUGGAAAGCUACCUAUCAAAUACAUGGCACUGGAAUCGCUUACUGAAUUCAGUUUCAGUGAAAAAACUGACGUGUAGGUUACACUUACAUUGACUUUUUACAAACCUUUUAUGUAAAGAAAACUGUUUUAAGUUUAAACUAACUUAAUAUAAUUAAUGCUUUUUGAUAUACAAUGUAUAUUUCAGAUGGUCUUUUGGAGUUUUAAUGUUUGAAAUAUUUACUGGAGGCGAUAAACCAUACCCAGAUAUAACCAACGAAGACAUGGUUGUGCAUUUGCAAAGUGGUAAUCGACUAGAAUUACCUGAUGACAUACCAUGUGAAUUGUAA